AUGGUCUCCGACUAUUUCAUCAACUUGCAGUAUUCAAAGUUUGUCAAGCCGGCUUUUGAUAAUUUUAUUCUUCCAUCAAAGAAGUAUGCGGAUGUAAUCAUACCCCGGGGUGGCGAGAAUCAUGUUGCAAUCGAUUUAAUUGUGCAGCAUAUCCGCACAAAUCUUGGUCAGCAUAACCUCUGCAAGAUAUAUCCCAAUCUGAAUGUAAUUCUUUCUACAUUCCAGAUAAGAGGCAUGCACACACUGAUUCGUGACAGGGAAAUAGCAAAACAUGACUUUGUUUUUUACUCGGACCGUCUAAUUCGUCUGGUGGUGGAACACGGUCUUGGUUACUUGCCUUUCACAGAGAAGCAAGUAAUCACUCCUACAGGUUCCAGUCGUGGCUUUGAGUGGAGGGAUGUGGCUUCGAGGGGACAAAGAAAGAGUUCUCGUGAGGAGCAGAGUGGGAGGGAAGUCGGCUGGAAGAAAAAUCGCAGACGGAAACAAGUUUGUUCUGAAAAUGAGGAUAAGGAAACAAUUCAAAUCAAAACGGUGCAUUUCGAUAAUAAUACCACAUCAGCAGCUGCUUACUCGGCGCUUAUCCCAGGCGACUAA